AUAAUCUAUUAAUCUGUGGCACCCGGCGGGCGGCGGGAAUGCAAAUGCGGAAGGUGUCAGGUGGUAGUGUUUAUUGUGAUGCUCAUUUUAAUUUAAACUUUGAAAAUCAUGGAAGAACUAUUUACUAAUGUGGAAGAUAUAACUGAUCCUUCAUUAAUGGACAAUAUCCUUGCAAAUUUGGAGGAAAUACAAGCUGAAAAUGAGGAAUUUAUACAGGCAUUGUUGAGUAAACAAGAUAGUAUGAUUGUUACUUGGCAUCAGCCAUGGUACCAAGAGCUUAAUUGUCUUACUAGACGUUUGGAACAAAGUGAAUUGGACAACAAAGCAGAAAGGUUUAGAACUGAUACCAUAAGCUCUGAAGAAUGUAAAAUCAUAAAGAAAAAUUGGAAGAAAUUUCGGAAGAUGUUUGGUGUCCCAAAUAAACCAAUAUGUCUUGCAAGGUGGAGAAAUAAGGAUAAAUGUAGAUCACCCUCAACACCUGAAGAAAUUGCUAGAAGAUUUGUCGUAUCUUUCUUAGCGCAGGGCUUAGAAAGAAAUCUUUAUCAAGUGUAUAAACAUGUUGUAAGCUAUUAUGGUAGCCCAACUAGGGGCAGAUACAGGGAAUAUGAAGAAAAUGUAAUGAGAGUGUGCCUUUAUCAUUAUCCGAAAUAUGCAUGUCUAUAUUCAUCAGCAGUUCUUGGUCGAGACCCUAGAGGAAUUUAUAAAAGACUUGAACAAUUGUGUAAUGGAAAACCUGACAGAAAACCGAUAAAAUGGACUUUAACUUUAGCAACAAAAUUUUUAAAAUUGCUGCUAAAUUACACAGGUGAAACUGUGGUCGACAAUCUAAAACAACGAAAGUUCGACAAGUCAGUUUGGUUACAAAUAGAAAAUGAUAUGGAUCAGCAAUAUCUGUGCCUACAACGGUUUUGGUAUGAUGGACUUCAUGCACAAUUGUUUGUGAAGGCAGAUGUAAAAGGAAAUAAAAUAAUAAAAAGAGUUUUAAAAAUAUUGAGGCUUUUUCCAUACAAAGUUUGGAGUGAUAUUAGAUGGAAAGAAGUUGCUAAGCAUUUCCCAGAUGCGUUUAGUCAUCGCUUUUUAUAUCAACGUUGUUACAAAUUUGCAGCCAAAUCUUUUGAUGGACUGAGGACACAUCCAUUAGAAGAGGUAAUAAGUAAAGGAAUAGAACUAAUUAAAUCAAGACGUAACAAGAGAUUAAAAACUUUAGUUUUUAAUGAAAAUCAGGAAUUAGAAAUAAUUAGAUAUCCAAAUAAACUAAAAUUUUAAUUUU